AUGGACAUCUCCCACUCCCUCCCUUCCGAAGUCACCGCCCUCUCCUUCUCCUUCCUCUCUUCUCGUGAUGUCGAAGCCAUUUCAGUUCAAAAAAUUGACAACCCUAUCCUCCUCGACAACCUCGGUCUUCCUACAAAAGGUGGUCUGUAUGAUCCCAAACUAGGACCCAUGAGUUCUCGAGAUAUUUGCCAGACAUGUCAUUUAUCCUAUUUCGCCUGUCCCGGCCAUUUCGGGCAUAUAGUCUUACCCAAUCCUGUCUACCAUCCACUUUUCAUGCGAGAAUGUUACAUUCUUCUUCAGUCGGUAUGUCAAUUCUGUCAUCACUUCAAAAUGCCCGAGAUACUCCUACGACAAUACAUUGGUCGUUUGCGGUUGCUCGAUGCAGGGUUAGUGGAGAGAUCACACGAUAUGGCGUAUUUCUUACCUCGAACAAGCAAAGAUGACGGAGAUGAUGAUGGAGAAGAAGGUGAUGAGAAGACAAGAGCAGAUGCUGUAUCUGCGGAAUCUGCUGCAGAACUGAUCGUACGCAUGGAUGGAUAUGUGAAAUCAUGUUUGCACGAAGCGAAGAAACGUUCGGGUAAAGAGAAGUAUAUGGAUGGUUUGAUAUUUGAGGAACGGCGUAAGGCUAGGAACGCAUUCAUAGCCGCUGCCAAGGGCUGGAGGUCAUGUAAGCGAUGUUCGGCACAUGGGUUCACAUAUCGGAAAGAGAAAUCCAUCAAAAUUGUCGAACUAGACCUCGAUCCUAAGAAGAAAGAAGUCAACAAAGUCCUUGGCGUCCGACGCCCUCAAGUCAUCGGGAGUGGUAGUCGUAGCAGUCAUGGUAGCUCCUCUUCCGACGAAGAUGAAAACAUAGACGUCGAUUCUGACGAAGGCGUCACAGUGGCUAGAGCUGCGAAUGGCCAGAUCAAAGGGCGAAGAGGAAGGAAUGAAAGAGUCAUGCCCGCCUCGGAAGUACGAGAGCAUAUAGGUUUACUUUUCUCCAAAGAAUCUGAAAUGUGUAAUUUGCUUUAUGGGCGAAACCGAAAUUCCAAAUCUAAUAUCAAUUGCUCUCCAUCAGCCGACAUCUUUUUCCUUGACGUUCUUCCCGUUACUCCAACUCGAUUCCGACCGGCCUCCAAAUUGGGCGACGAGCUAUUCGAGAACAGUCAGAAUUCCCUUCUCACCGCGGUUAUCCAAACCUGUCGCCGUAUACAGGAUCUCAAUCAGCGUCUACAUGAUCAAGUGAAAGCAGAGAGAGGCGAGAUCGUACUUGAUGCCAUUGCCAAAGCCGAAGGAUCCAGGACAUUUGAACUUUUACUUGAGGCUCUCAUCAAAGUACAACACGAUGUCAACAGUUUUGUGGACAGCACUCAAAAUCCUACCAUCAUGAGAGGUGGGAAAUUACCUCCCCAAGGUGUCAAGCAGCUACUAGAGAAGAAAGAAGGACUGUUUAGGAAACAUAUGAUGGGGAAAAGAGUCAAUUAUGCUGCUCGCUCUGUGAUAUCACCCGACAUCAACAUCGAAACCAACGAAAUUGGUAUACCACCUGUUUUCGCCAAAAAGCUCACUUAUCCUGAGCCCGUCACUGCUCAAAACAUCAACGAAUUGCGACAGUUAGUCAUAAAUGGUCCGAAAGUUCAUCCCGGUGCCGCACUUGUUCAGAACGAGGACGGGACGCAGGUUUCACUAGACAAAACCACCAUCGAGCAACGACAAGCAAUCGCUAACCAACUCCUCACUCCUCAAAGCGACGCAUACUCAGCAGGGAGCAGUGCCGGUCCUCCUGCCAGAAAUAAAAAAGUUUAUCGACAUAUUCGGGAUGGUGACAUUGUGAUACUCAAUCGUCAACCGACUCUUCACAAACCAAGUAUGAUGGCCCACAAAGUCAAAGUACUGCUCGGUGAGAAGACGAUUCGAAUGCACUACGCCAAUUGUAAUUCGUACAACGCCGACUUUGACGGAGACGAAAUGAACAUCCAUUUCCCUCAGAACGAGGUGGCAAGAGCAGAGUCACUCAUGAUCGCCAAUACGGACAAUCAAUAUCUCGUACCAACCUCCGGUAAGCCACUUCGAGGGUUGAUACAAGAUCAUGUGGUGGCUGGUGUGUGGAUGUGUAACAAGUCGUCAUUCUUCACUAGAGAAGAAUACUUUCAACUCAUUUACGGUGCACUCCGUACAGAAGAUAAUUAUAUUACUCAGAAUAGAAUUAUCACCUUGCCACCGGCGAUAUGGAAGCCUCGACCUAUGUGGACAGGAAAACAGAUCAUCUCCACCAUCCUCACGAACCUUACCCCAUCAAAUGCCAAAGGUCUCAAUCUCAACUCCGAAAAUAAGAUUUCCAACAAACUCUGGCAACGUGAUGACUCCUCUGAUCAGACCAUGUCCGAAGAAAACGUCAUCUUUCUCGAUGGUCAUCUCAUUUGUGGUGUACUUGAUAAAUCGCAAUAUGGUGCUUCGGCAUACGGUCUCGUCCAUUCUGUUCAUGAGCUUUACGGACCCGUCACUGCCAACCGUCUCCUUGGGGUGCUGUCACGGCUCCUCACAAAGUAUCUUCAACAUGACGCAUUCUCUUGUCGGAUGGACGAUUUACUUCUCACAGCUGAAGGAGAGAAAAUCCGUAAAUCAAUCCUAGACGAUGCUGCUCGGGAUGGCGAACGAGCAGCUAUCAAAUAUGUUGGUCUACCUCCGGGUUCAAGCGUCGACGAUCCUGGAACCGCAAGGAAUCUCGUUACUCGACUGGAAGAGACCUUGAGGGAUGAUCAUCUCAUGGCUGGAUUAGACGCUGUGAUGCAAACUGCAUUCAACAAAACGACUUCGAAAAUCAAUAACGACGUCCUUCCGAAACAUCUGGUUAGACCUUUCCCCGAUAACAACAUGCAGCUCAUGACCAUUUCCGGAGCGAAAGGAUCAAAAGUCAACGCAUCGCAAAUAUCGACUUUACUCGGUCAACAAGCUUUAGAAGGAAGACGUGUCCCCACCAUGGUCAGUGGUAAGACCUUGCCAUCUUUCAAACCUUUUGAUACCUCCGCACGUGCAGGAGGAUAUGUGGCAAAUCGUUUCCUUACUGGUAUUCGACCACAAGAAUAUUACUUUCAUUGUAUGGCAGGUCGUGAAGGAUUGAUCGACACGGCUGUUAAAACCAGUCGAUCAGGUUAUCUUCAAAGAUGUUUGAUCAAACAUCUCGAAGGUGUCAAAGUACAUUACGAUCAUACUGUUCGAGAUAGUGACUCCUCUGUUCUUCAAUUCCUUUACGGAGAGGAUUCUUUAGACGUAACCAAAGCUCAACAUUUGGGGAAAUUCGAUUUCGCAGCGAGAAAUCAUGAAUCACUUUUGAAUCGUUCGAGACCGAGAGACGUCCUUCCUGUGGUUAUUCAAGAUGAGGCCGUUGAUAAGAUGAAGAAAGCUCUGAAGAAACCUCAUAAACACGAACCGGCCCUUUCGUUAUUCCCACCAUCCCGUUACCUAGGAAGUAUGUCUGAAACAUAUGCAAGAAAACUCGCCACAUACAUCGAACAAAAUCGGUUCGGGUUUAUCACAAAAAAAGGAGAGAUCAAAUCUUCUCCAUAUACAUCAGAACGAGUCAGCGACAAAGAAUUCUUACAAUUAGCAAGAGUGAGAUAUAUGCGAAGUUUGGUAGAACCUGGAGAAGCUGUUGGUUUACUGGCUUCACAAGGAGUAGGAGAACCAUCAACUCAAAUGACACUUAACACAUUUCAUCUCGCAGGUCAUGGUGCAGCAAACGUUACACUUGGUAUUCCAAGAUUAAGAGAAAUCGUAAUGACGGCUUCCACAAAACCUAUUACCCCAACUAUGAAACUUGCCCUUCGUCCUGGUGUAUCGGAUCAACAAGCGGAUUCAUUCGUUAAACAUGUUUCUAGAUUAACAUUAUCUCAAGUUGUAGAACGUGUUUCAGUUACGGAACGUUUAUCGAAUAAAAAUGAUGAAGUUCGUCAAAGGAAAUAUACCGUUUUACUUGAAUUUUAUCCAUCAGAAGAAUAUCGUAAAGAAUAUGAAAUCACCACUUUACAAGUUUAUCAAGCUUUGGUUCUAUCAUUCGCCAAACGAUUAAAAGAAGAAAUUUCUAAAGAAAUGAAAAAUUCAACUCGUUCUUCGGCUCAGGAAUUACAAGUUGAUAGAGGUUUAACAGUUAGAAAAGGAGGCGAUGAUGGAGAAGGUGAUGAAGUACCAACGAUCAGAAAAGGAAGAGAUGAUGAAUUGGAUAAUGAUGAUGAAGAUUCAUAUCAAAUAAAAAGACAAAAUCAAGGACGUCAACAUGAAUAUGAAGAAGAUGAUUCAAAUUCAGAUUCUGGUAUUGGUGAUUUAGAAGAUUUCGUAGAACGUAAUAUGGAAGAAGACGAUGAUGAGGAGGAGGAGGAUGAGGAUCUUGGGAUUAGAGAUCCUAAGGAGAAAGCGAGGAAAGAUCAAUUGACAGAUACUUUGCAAGAUGAGUUUAAAAAGGUUUUACCUUAUGCCACCAGUGUUAAUUUUGAUGUACAUUCUGGUAAAUCGGCACAAUUCGAUAUGGAAUUUGCUGCGAAUGCACCAAAGUUGUUAUUGGUGGAUAUCAUAGAAAGAGCUUGUAGAUUGGCUGUGAUACAUGAAGUCAGUAGUAUAAAUCGGUGUAUGAAGAUAUUUGAUGAUAAGGGGGAGUUUACCGGCGCCCUCAUCACAGAAGGUUCAAACCUUAAAGGAAUGUGGGCAUUAGCAGAUGAACUUAUCGAUCUUGAUAAACUCGGUUCCAAUGAUAUUUACGCACUUUUACAAACUUAUGGUGUUGAAGCUGCCAGAAGGGCGAUUAUCGAUGAAGUUUCUUCGGUUUUUGGAGCUUAUGGUAUAACUGUGGAUUAUCGUCAUAUCAGUGUUAUUGCUGAUUAUAUGACACAUGCAGGAGGAUACAAAGCAUUCAACAGAACUGGUAUUUCAUCAAAAUCUUCUCCUUUACUCAAAGCUUCUUUCGAAACUACUGUUCAAUUCCUCUCCGAAGCUACCUUGGCGGGAGAUAUCGACGACCUUACUUCUCCCGCUGCGAAGAUCGUUUUGGGUAGACCGAGUUCUAGUGGGACGGGUGCUUUCGAUAUACGAGCUCCUAUUGCUUGA